AGCGAGGGUCAUGGGCACGUGUCGGAUUUGAUUUGAUUCCACGGCAUAAGCAGAACAGCAGCAUUUAAAAAUAAAAUAUACAUAAUACAUAUAUUAAAAAAUACCAAAUAAUUAAAGUAAAUUAAGCGCCAUAGUAGCAGUAGCAGCAACAGCCGCAGCAUGUUCUAUCUGAUUGGUCUUGGCUUGGGGGAUAUCAAGGAUAUCACAGUGAAAGGGCUGGACAUUGUCAAGCAGUGCAGUCGUGUCUACCUGGAAAUGUAUACGUCUAUUCUUGGCUGCAGCCUUGAGGACAUGCAAGAAUUUUAUGGACGACCCCUGUUGCUGGCUGAUAGAGACCUUGUUGAGCAGGGAGCCGAUGAGAUUCUGGCAGGUGCUGGUGAAUCCGAUGUGGCCCUACUGGUGGUGGGCGAUCCCUUUGGAGCCACAACACACACAGAUUUCAUUUUGCGCGCCAAGGAGAAAAACAUACCCUACAAGGUCAUCCACAAUGCAUCCAUAAUGAACGCCAUCGGCUGCUGCGGCCUGCAAUUGUACAAAUUCGGCGAAACCGUGUCCAUACCCUAUUGGGAUGAGACCUGGAAGCCGGACAGCUUCUAUGAUAAGAUUAAGCUGAAUCGCCUGCAUAACAUGCACACGCUGUGCCUGCUGGACAUCAAGGUGAAGGAGCCCACCCCUGAGUCGCUGAUGCGCAAGCGCAAGGAAUAUAUGCCGCCGCGCUUCAUGAGCGUAGCCGAGGCUGCCCAUCAACUGCUCAGCAUUGUGGAGAAGAAGGAUGCCUUGGAGCGGAACACAGUGCUGAACGAGCAAUCGCUCUGUGUGGGCUUAGCCCGUGUGGGUCAGGACACGCAACAGAUUGUCGUUACGACGCUUCAGGAAAUGCGCUCCACAGAUUUAGGCCAGCCGUUGCAUUCACUGAUCAUUCCCGCCAAGGAAAUGCAUCCACUUGAGGUGGAGUUCUUGCAGCAAUAUGCCGCCAGCAUCAAACUUGAUGAUUACAAUCACUAAAGAAACCCCAUUUGAAUCCCACCGAGCAACCGCAUGAAUGAAUAAAUGAAAUUAUCGAUCUAAGUGAUUAGUGAGUGAAACAAAACACGAAUGUUCACCAGUCCAGUCCAGUCCAGGCAACUGAACAUUAAAUUGAAUUUACGAUGCUUGAAGCUCUGUAGCGCCUCUCCAUGGAGUACAUAAGAAAAGUGAUAUAUGUGUGGUUUCCACGCCCCCACCUCCCCGAUCCCCAACAAACCCCUCGCCAAUCCACUAAAUGGACUUGGUUUUGUCUGUCUUAAUUCCAUCUGUAUAUGUAAUUUGUAUGUAGUUUGCCAACAAGAAUAAAGUUGUAUUAAACCAUCAA